AUGAGUCCAAUAAAAUCGUCAAUAGAAAAAAGGUUAUUUGAUAGGGAAGAACAACAACAAAAGUCAAAUAUUAAAUAUGAUAUUGAUUCAGCUUUAUUAUGGACACAAAACAUCAUAGCUUUAAUAAUUGGUACGAUUCUAUUAUCUGGAAUUGUCACUUUCUUAGCAGUGUUAUUAUGGCGUUCAAGACAACGACGAUUAUUAAAAACUAAGUAUGAACCAUCUGAAUCGACUCCAUUUUCAUUGGUGAAUAUUAAAACAACGAAAUCAAAAGAAAUUGUAUUAUAUCCUAUGACACCUAAACUUAUUCAAUUUAAUUCAUCCGAUAUUAAUGAAAAUACAUAUUUAUCAACAUCAACAACAAAAAAGUUUCGUAAAAAAAAUCUUUUACAAAGGAGAGGUAAUAAUAAUGCAUUAACAAUAUCUGUAAAUCCAAAACUUCGUGUUCUUAAUAGUCCACCGUCUGAUUGUUCAUCUGAUGAAUAUUUAGAAACUGCAACACGAAAAUUAACUAUCGAUGAACUACAUCAACAUGCACAAGAUACUUGUUUACUUUAUCAAGAAUUUUGGUCAACACCAACAAAUCAUGUUGACAAACUUCGUAUUUGUGGUGUUGGAACAAAAAAUCGUUAUUGUACAAUUAUUCCAAAUGAACAUUCACGAGUAAAAUUAUCUGAAUUACCGGAUGAUCCGAUUUCAUCAUAUAUCAAUGCAAAUUAUAUAUCCAGUUGGUCAAAUGAUUAUCAAGCAUUUAUAGCUACGCAAGGUCCACUUUCAAAUACAAUUAUUGAUUUUUAUCGGAUGAUAUGGCAAGAAUAUGUAUCUGUAAUCGUUAUGAUUACUCGUUUAUUUGAAAAAAAUAAAUCAAAAUGUGAACGAUAUAUUCCAGAUUUACAAGCUAAUCAAUAUGGUCCAUUUUAUGUUGAAGUUAAAUCAAUAAAUUAUCAAAAUGAUUAUGAAAUACGAAGAUUAAUUAUAAAAUUUGAAAAUGAACAACGUGAAAUUGAUCAUUAUUGGUAUACAGCAUGGCCAGAUCAUUCAUGUCCGAAUGUUGUACAACCAUUAAUUGAACUUGUUCAUCAUGUUGAAAAAAGUCGAAUUGAUUUAUCGAAAAUAAAUAAACGAUCUGGUCCUGUUGUCGUCCAUUGCAGUGCUGGUAUUGGUCGUACUGGUUGUUUUAUUGCAUUAAGUAAUGGUAUAAAACAAUUAAAUAAAGAACAUGUUGUUGAUGUACUUCGUAUACUUUGUAAUUUACGACGAGAUCGUGGUGGAAUGAUUCAAACUAAUGAUCAAUAUCAAUUUGUUCAUCAAGUAUUAAGUGAAUAUGCACGACGAUUACAAUAG